UACAGUUGUUGCUUCUGAAUUCGCGCUAAUAGCAUACGUUACGGAGUAGAGUUUGGUUGGACACAUUGAAUUCAAAAUAUCUCAAUAUUCACUUCGAUAAUUCAGUCGAGCGCAAUUUAUGAAUGUGCUAUUUAAAAGUGAAAUAAAGUUUGAGUUAAUUUGAAUUGGUGAUUAAAAGAUAAAUGAAUAUCGAUUAAGUAAUGGUUAAAACAAUAUGGGAACCGUAAAAAGAAAAGUGUCAACAGAUUCACCAACAGAGAAACCUUGUUGCUUCAGAAUCUCUGUAAUUGCAUGUGUCUGUGCUGUGUUAUCAUUGUUAGUACACACCUACAAUUAUGUUGAGAAGGAAAGUGGUAGUGAUAAAUUAAAUGGUAAUGCUAGAGACGUAUUAGAAAAUAUUCUAGAUGAUAAAUUAGAAGAGAAGAUUGAAGCAUAUCUCUCGGCCUUCACUGGAACUACUUCACAUCGAUUAAAAAGAGACGCUAUGCUGAAACCAUCGGCCGUCCAGGAAGACAACACAGUGACGCCUCACGUGGAGUUCUUCAAUCCUAAAAUGAGACCUGAGCUAGAAGAGAAAGAUGCCAUAGAGAUGAGAAAGACUGGAGCGAAGGGACCAGCGCCUGGUGACGACACAUGGGUUUGGCUGACGAGCUACUCUCGAGUACCGUAUAAAGUGGUCCAAGGAUUCUGCAAAGCAACUCAAGACUACUGCCCGCCGGGUGUACAAGGUCCAAAAGGGCCAACAGGCGUCCCAGGUCCUAAAGGUGAUAAAGGGGAAGCCGGAGCACCAGGAAUUCCCGGUCAUGGAGGAGCGAGAGGACCUAUUGGACCACCAGGGCCAAAAGGGGAAAGAGGAUUUCCCGGAAACCCAGGGUUAGAUGGAAGAGACGGUGUUCCUGGAGAACCUGGGCUCGACGGGAUGUUUGGUCGCAACGGAGCAGAUGGCGCUCCGGGUAAAGAUGGUCGUGAUGGCAUGCCCGGAAAAGACGGUAGUCCUGGAAAAAACGGAAAAGAUGGAAAGGACGGUAGACCUGGCGCCCAAGGACCCCCAGGCAUCCGUGGUCCUAAAGGCGAGAAGGGACCCACAGGACCCAAAGGCCAACGUGGUAAUGAUGGACGCGACGGAGCUCCCGGGAGACCGGGGCUGUCUAUCUACAACAAUACCCUGGAGAAAGAAUUGUUCAUACCGCCCACUUUUGCACAGGACCACACUCGCGUAAUAGUCCGUGAGAGUGAACGCCUUCGCCUCAGCUGCAACCCUAUGGGCCGACCAGAGCCCUCGGUCGAGUGGCGAAGAUAUGACGGCACAGCUCUCAUACAGGGUUCGUGGCGAGAUGCGUCUGUGAGCGGGCACGUGCUUACCAUCCCGAAGGUGUCGAGAUGGCACAUGGGGAAAUAUGUUUGCCUCGCCAACAACGGAAUGCUCCCGCCUGUCAACCAGACCACUGAUGUCGAAGUACAUUUCAGCCCUUUCAUUCGAGUUCCUAACAACGUUGUAUACGUCUUCAACAAGACGGCCAAGAUCGAGUGCGAGAUACAAGCUUGGCCAGAACCGGUCCUCGCUUGGGAAUGCGACGGUGUGACAAUCGAAGGUUCCAGAUACAAAAGCGAAGUGAUCCCUACAGGAGACACGUGGCGAUGGAUUAUGACCCUCGAGAUUCUGGGAGUUAGAGACAAUGAUAUGAGGCAAUACAGCUGCGUCGCCAAAAAUGAACUUAAAAACCAGACUAUUAAAGGAGAUAUUCGGUUGAUGUACCCGGGGCCGAAUCAGCCAACACAGGUGAUGCAGCCCAUUGAAUACGGAUCCCGGGCGCCGAUCCUGACGUCAUACGAUGAGCCGUGUCUGACUCAGACCUGUCCGACGUGUCCACGGUGCGAUCGAGCUCAACUCCUCAUCACACCCAUGAAUGGGACGACUACUUACAUCAAACCCAGGAGGAACACCAAUUGCCAACUAUACGCAAUUGGGAAACCGGUCUAUCAUCGUUACAAAGAGGAACUAUUCGGCGCUUGGCUGCGGGAUUCUAAUGCCACAGAUGUUCAGAGAGAGAAGCUUUGGACUACACAAGAGAAUGACAUAGAACGCCUCCGGGAAUACAGGAACAAAGCCAGUUUCAAAUCGGACCACGUCGACGAGUUCCACAAACUACAGAAACCGUUCUACGGUAACGGGCACAUUGUGUACGGCGGCUCCUUCUUCUACCAAGCGAACGAGUCGGGACAACCGGGCGAGAUCAUCCGAUACGACCUCACACAGAGCCGAAUUAAAUCAGCACAUCUUCCGUACGCUGAUGGACGAUUGUACACUUCACAACAUAACCAGGUGGAUUUUAGCGCUGACGACAACGGACUAUGGGCCAUCUACUCUAUAGAAAGUUCCAACAACACAGCAGUAGCAAAGUUGAGCUUCGACCCAAAUAAAGACAGUUUAAACAUUGAUUACGUAUGGAACAUUUCACUUAAUCAUAAACAAGUAGGAGAAAUGUUCAUAGUAUGCGGUGUACUGUACGCUUUAGACUCCGCUACUGACAGAGACAGUAAGGUGACAGUUGCCAUAGACCUGUACCGGAGUAAGCCGGUUGAGGUCUCGCUGCAGUUCACUAAUCCCUUUCGGAAGACCACGCAAUUAGGAUAUGACCACACUCAUAAGGAGCUGUACUCUUGGGACAAAGGCAACCAGUUAACUUAUCCUGUAAGGUACAACGAAUUACCGGGACCUUAAUAUUUG